CGAUAACGUUAAGGGCGUUGUCAUAUUCACAGCCUUAAACAUACCGAUCCCUUAAACUAUAUAUCCAUAAAAGAACUGAAAUUUUCGAACGUUUUAGAUUUGUCUGAAAAUAUAGCUUUAGCGUUUAAAGGAAAAAAUACUGGAUAAAUAUUUAUAAAGGAUAUUUAGAAAAGUGAGCUAUGGAAAUUCGUGUCUUGAAAGUGGUGUGCGUUCUCUCAGUUUUGUGCUCAACAUCAGGUAAAACUUCAGUUUCUGACACAGUGACGUCGGAAGUUGGCAGCAGCUUUGUAACAACAGAAUCAACAACAUCAGGUCAAACUGCAUCUUCAACUUCUGGAACAGUGACUUCGGAAGUUACAAGUAGCUCUGUAACAACAGAACCAACAGCAUCAGGUCAAAGUUCAACAUCUGGAACAGUGACUUCGGAAGUUGCAAGUAAUUCUGUAACAACAGAACCAACAACAUCAGAUAAAAGUUCAACUUCUGGAACAGUGACUUCGGAAGUUGCAAGUAAUUCUGUAACAACAGAACAAACAACAUCAGGUCAAACUUCAACUUCUGGAAAUGUGCCUUUGGAGGUUGCAAGUAAUUCUGUAACAGCAGAACCAACAACUUCAGAUCAAACUUCAACAUCUGGAACGGUGACUUCGGAAGUUGCAAGCAGCUCUGUAACAACAGAAUCGGCAACAUCAGAUCAAACUUCAGCUUCUGGAACAGUGACUUCGGAAGCUGCAAGCAGCUCUGUAACAACAGAACAAACAACAUCAGGUCAAACAUCAACAUCUGGAACAGUGACUUUGGAAGUUGCAAGCAGCUCUGUAACAACAGAAUUAACAACAUCAGGUCAACUUUCAACUUUUGGAAUAGUUACUUCGGAAGUUGCAAGCAGCUCUGUCACAACAGAACCAGCAACAUCGGGUCAGUCUUCAAUAUCUGGAACUGUGACAUUGGAAGUUUCAAGCAGCUCUGCAAAAACAAAUCCAACGACAUCAGGUCAAACUUCAACUUCUGGAACAGUGACUUCGGAAGUUGCAGUCACCUCUAUUACUACACAACCAACAACAUCAGAUCAAAUUUCAACUUCUGGAACGGUGACUUUGGAAGUUGCAAGCAGCGCUGUAACAACAGAACCAACAUCAUUAGGUCAAACUUUAGCUUCUGAAACUGUGAAUUCUACAGUUGCAAGUAGCUCUGUAACAACAGAACCAACAACAUCAGAUCAAACUUCAACUUCUGGAACUGCAAGCAGCUCUGUAACAACAAAAACAACAACCUCAGGUGAAACCUCAACUUCCGGAAUAGUGACCAUUGAAGUUACAAGGAGCUCUAAAACAACAGAACCAACGACAUCACAUCAAAAUUCAUCUUCAACUUCUGGAACAGUGACUUCGGAAGUUACAAGCAGCGCUGGGACAACAGAACAAACGACAUUAGGUCAAACUUCAACAUCUGAAACAGUGACUUCUGCAGUUGCAAGCAGUAAUGUAACAACAGAAGCAACACAAUCAGGUCAAAGUUCUACUUCUGAAACAGUGACUUCUGCAGUUGCAAGCAGCUCUGAAACAGGAGAAGCAACAACAUCAGAUGAAAUUUCAACUUCUGGAACAGUGACUACGGUAGUAACAAGCAGCUCUAAAACAACAGAACCAACAACAUCAGAUCAAAGUUCGGUUUCUAGAACGGUGACUACGGAAGUUGCAAGCAGCUCUGUAACAACAGCACCAACUACAUCAGGUCAAACUUCAACUUUUGGACCACUGACUUCGGAAGUUGCAAGCAGUUCUGUAACAACAGAACUAGCAACAUCAGAUCAAACUUCAACUUCUAGAACAGUGACUACGGAAGUUUCAAGCAGUUCUGUAACAACAGAACCAACAACAUCAGGUCAAACUUCAACUUCUGGACCACUGACUUCGGAAGUUGCAAGCAGUUCUGUAACAACAGAACCAGCAACAUCAGAUAAAACUUCAACUUCUAGAACAGUGACUACGGAAGUUUCAAGCAGUUCUGUAACAACAGAACCAGCAACAUCAGGUCAAACUUCGACUUCCUGAACAGUGA